AUGUCGGACGCCUACGCCCGUGAAGAACAGAACAAUGCGCUCCUGGCGUCCCUCUCGCAAAAGACCUCCGCGCUGAAGCACAUCACGCUGGACAUCUACGAUAAUGCACGAAGCCAAGACACGCUCGAUAACACGAACGAAGUCUUCAGCAACAUGAGCACGAGCAUCAAGGGCAGCGCCGGCCGCCUGACCCGCAUGGCCAAGCAGGGUGACAAAAUCGCCGUCUUGAAACUCGCCGGUAUCAUCAUUGUUGCCAUGCUGCUCAUCUACUAUGUUGGUGGCUGGAUUUGGGGGCUGUUGUUUGGCUGA